AAAUUGUAUAUAAAAAGAAAGGAACUCUCCUAGUUCAUGCUAUUUUCAACGAAGAUAGCCUCUCCUCCCCUCGAUUCAGAUCAAUCAGCCACGCCCCUCUAUAUCGCCCUCUGUUUCUCUCUCCCACACGAGAAAUACGAGAAAAACCCACGUCAAAUCCCCACGAAUCUCACCCGCCCACCUGAUAAUCUCACGCUCCUGAGUCACCAGGCCUUCGGGUUCUCCACCGAUCAGGAACCAUAUUGCUUCUCAGUGAGCAUAGAGAAAUGGACGUAAGUUCUGCGUGUGUGCUUGUGGUGGUGACAUGCAGUGUGUGAACACGUGGUUCAGAGAGGCUUCGGGUGGUGGAAAUGGCGAAUCAGGUGGUGAAGGUGAGGAGGCAGACGAUUGUGGCGUGCAUGACUUGUCCUUUAUGCAAGAAGCUCUUCAGAGAUGCCACUACAAUAUCCGAAUGCCUUCAUACGUUUUGCAGGAAGUGCAUAUAUAAUAAGAUUUCAGAAGAGGAAUUAGAAUGCUGUCCAAUAUGCAACAUUGAUCUGGGUUGUGUCCCACUGGAGAAAUUAAGGCCGGACCACAAUUUGCAAGAUGUAAGGACAAAGGUUUUCCCUCUCAAAAGAAGAAAGGUAAAUGCACCUGAAUUUGUGCCUUCAAAUACAUUACCAGCCAGAAGAAAGGAGAGAUCAUUGUCAUCAUUGGUGGUCAGCACUCCCAGAGUGUCAAACCAGGCUACCAUGACUGGAAGAAGAUCAAGAGCUGUUGCAAGAAAGGCCAUUGCUUUAAAAGGCUCCAGGUUUUCCAUUGAGAAACCCAUUAAAAAGGAGGAAGAUUCUGUGGAUGAUCAUCCAGAAAGUUCAAGCUCACCUGAGACUUCAAACAAGUUUCCACUAAAUACUGGGCAGUGUUCUUCCCCUGGUGAGCCUAGCCAUUCCACCUCCAUUAAAGAAAUGGAGAAUGAUCCCGAACCAUGGGAAGCAAAAUUGGAUCUCUGGAAACCUUUAAACUAUCUGGUGGAAGUUGCAAAUAGGACUAAAGCUUUCAAGUCUAAUUCACAGGGGUCUGAUGCUAAAUUAGAACCUAUACAAGCUAAUGAGAGCGAAGGUCAAGUGCGAAAAUCCAAAAUUAAGGAAAUUAAACGCAAGUCUAAAGUUGAGGAUGAAAUGAAUAUCACUGAUCCUGCCUCUUCGGAAAUAGUAAAACCCAAAAUUCUGAGAAGGGUUCGCCGGAAAAGGGAACCUGCUUUUGGAGAAUCAGGUAUUUCACCCCAAGCUGUGCUGGAUGCUGCCAAUGCAAAACCCAAAAGAAGACCCGGUCCAGUUUGGUUCUCUCUAGUAGCUUCUGAAGACCAAGAAGGAAGUGCACCCUUGCCACAAAUUCCUGUAAACUACUUAAGAAUAAAGGAUGGAAAUGUACCUGUUUCAUUUAUCCAAAAAUAUGUGAUGAGGAAGCUAGAUCUUACCAGUGCAGUCGAGGUUGAGAUCAAAUGCAUGGGACAGCCAGUUGUCCCCACCUGGAGACUACAUAAUUUAGUUGAUUUGUGGGUACGGACGGCGUCAACAUCAGAACAAGUUCCAGCCUCCAUUGGGUCCCCGGCCAAGGAUUUCGUGAUGGUGCUGGCCUAUGCUCGAAAGGUUCCAGAAACUUGAUCAUGGUUUUCUUCAUCUACUGCCAUUCACAUCUUCAAUAAUCUAAACAUACUCCUCGUAGAAUCUCAGUGGUGAUAGAGUGGCACUGUCUGAUCCGGCAUGUAUUUUAUGAGUCAUAAUAAUUGGUUCCUUCACAGGCAACAUUUUCCUAGCGACAGCACCAAGGGUAGGAGGGGAGAAAUAGGCUACUAAAGAGUUUUCUUAAUGUUACUCACAUGUUGAGACAAUCACAGUGCCCCCUAUAGUAUAGUAUGGUCUUGGCAAGGUCUGCUUGUUGACUGUUGCGUAAUUAAGAAGUCCAAUCUUCACGUGUAUGGUUUAUUAUUCAGAUCCCUGCAUGUUAAACUUUCUA